CUGUCCCUCCGUCCGUCUGUAACUCCGUGUGUCCCCGGGGAGCCGCGGGCGUGAGUCCCGGUGGCGGCAGCAAUGACAGAGGCCAACAAUAUCCAUGCAGUGACAGAAGGGCCAGAAGGAGAUGAUGCCAAGUGCAGUUUCCAUCACAGAAUGUUCCUGGAACCCCAAGAGAAGAAGAGGAGCAUGAAGGCUCUGCUGGUUAAAAAAGCCAAGAAAACUUGCAGCUGCACCCCAGCCAAAAUUAAAGAUUGUGUUUUGGGGUUUUUCCCCAUCUUACAGUGGCUUCCUAAAUACAAAAUCAGGGAGUAUCUCCUGGGGGAUGUCAUGUCUGGUGUGAUCGUGGGGGUCCUGCUGGUCCCACAGUCCAUUGCCUACUCUCUCUUGGCUGGCCUGGAGCCCAUUUAUGGCCUGUACACCUCCUUUUUCUCCUGCAUCAUUUACUGCAUCUUUGGCACCUCCCGCCACAUCUCCGUGAGCAUCUUCGGGGUGGUUUGCCUGAUGGUGGGACAGGUGGUGGAUCGGGAAGUAGAGAGAGCUGGCUACGAGCUGGAGCCAGCUGUGCCAGCUGUGGGCACCGGGAUGGGCACCGGGAUCGGGAACAGCACCGGGAACGGGACAGCACCGGAGCCGCUCUGUGACAAAAGCUGCUACGCCAUGGCCGUGGCUGCCACCCUGACCUUCAUCUCUGGAGUUUACCAGGUGGCCAUGGGUUUCUUCCAAGUGGGCUUUGUCUCCGUGUACCUCUCGGAUUCGCUGCUGAGUGGAUUUGUCACAGGGGCCUCCAUCACUGUCCUGACCUCACAAGUCAAGUACCUGCUGGGCCUGGACAUUCCUCGGAGCGGGGGCGUCGGCUCCCUCAUCACCACCUGGAUCAACAUCUUCAGAAACAUCCACAGGACCACCGUCUGUGACCUCAUCACCAGCUUCUUGUGCUUCCUGGUGCUGAUCCCAGCCAAAGAGCUUAACGAGCGCUUCAAGUCCAAGCUCAAGGCUCCGAUUCCGGUGGAACUCUUUGUGGUUGUGGCAGCCACUCUGGCAUCUCACUUUGGGAAGCUGAGAGAGAAUUACGGCUCCAGCAUUUCCGGGCACAUCCCCACAGGGUUUCUGCCGCCGCGCCCUCCAGACUGGAGCCUGCUGCCCAGCGUGGCCUUGGACGCCAUCCCCGUCGCCAUCAUUGGCUUUGCCAUCACCGUGUCCCUCUCGGAGAUGUUUGCCAAGAAGCACGGAUACUCGGUGAGGGCCAACCAGGAGAUGUACGCCAUUGGCUUCUGCAACAUCAUUCCCUCCUUCUUCCACUGCUUCACAACCAGCGCGGCUCUCGCCAAGACCCUGGUCAAGGAGUCCACGGGCUGUAGGACCCAAGUGUCCGGCAUGGUGACCAGUUUGGUGAUCCUCCUGGUCCUCCUCGUGAUCGCACCUUUGUUUUACUCCCUGCAGAAAUGCGUCCUCGCCGUCAUAACCAUCGUCAACCUCCGCGGAGCCCUGCGCAAGUUCAGGGACCUGCCCAAGAUGUGGCACCUGAGCAGGGUGGACACGGUGAUCUGGGGGGUCACCAUGGCAGCCACGGCGCUCAUCAGCACCGAGAUCGGGCUCCUGGUGGGGGUUUGCUUCUCCAUGCUCUGCGUGAUCUUCCGGACCCAGCGGCCAGAGGCGCCGCUGCUGGGCUGGGUGGCUGAAUCGGAGACCUACGAGUCCCUCUCCGCCUACAAGAACCUGCAAACCAAGCCUGGGGUUGUGGUGUUCCGAUUUGAAGCCCCCCUCUACUACAUCAACAAGGAGUGCUUCAAAUCCGCCCUCUACAAGCAAACCGGGGUCAACCCCGUGUGGGUGAAGGCAGCCAAGAAGAAAGCGGAGAAAAAAAUGCUCAGGGAGAAGGAGGCGGGGGCUGGGGACAACCAGAGCAGCAUCCCCGUGGAUUUUGGGUGGGAUCCCGUGGGGUUUCACACCAUAGUGAUCGACUGCUGCGCCGUGCAGUUCCUGGACACGGCCGGGAUCCGCACGCUCAAGGAGGUCUGCAAGGACUACGGGGACAUCGAUGUCCGCGUGCUGCUGGCCCAGUGCAACCCUUCUGUCAGGAGCUCCCUGCUCCGAGGAGAGCUCUUCAAAGAGGGGGAGGACCACCUGCUCUUCCACAGCGUGCACCAGGCCGUGGACUUCGCCCUGGGCACGCAGGGGCACCGUGCUGCGAAGAACUAGCUGGGAAAGAGAGGAGAUUGCGACAAAGCCUGGGCAAACUGAGUGUCUGUGUGUCUGCAGUGAUGUGUGUGUGCUCAGAGAGCAGGGCAGGGUGCUGCCAGCACAUUGGCACCCUGCAAUCUCUCUGGAUUUACCUGCCAGGGGUGGGGACUCCAUAGGAAGUACUGAAUGAAGUUCUUAACCCCAUUGUGGCCAACCUGCAAAUCUUAACUUUGCGUGGGGUUGUUCAUCUCAUGUCUCCUCUCUGGAGCUUUCUGUGUCUCGGCUCCACUCUUAAGCUGUGAUCAAGUCUUCUUUGCAGCCCUGUCCUUGGGGAUGGGGUGGGAUUUUUGGAGUAGUCUGGACCUCGUGUCCAGCUGAAGAAUGAGGCAGCUCAUUUCUCAUCCCUCAUUCUGGCAUUGCUUUCCAUCACCACACCCUGGUGUUUGCCAAGCAAUGCCUGCCAGGGACUGUUUGCUCUGGUCUUUACUGGCCAGUGCUUGAUUUUGCAACCUCCCUGAAUUUCAGAUAGAGAAAUCAAAUCCAAACAUGCAGGAAAAGAUCUUAAAGCACCUCUCACCUCCAGUGGUUUUGGCACAAUUCAGCCAGGCCACAAGGGCAUGGUUAUCUCAUUUCUCCACAGGCCUUUACCUGCCUGUGCCUAUGGAAAUGCUGCCUCUCCAGCUUGUUUUUAAUCAUUUUGUUUCUUCACAAAUGACUCUUUAGACUCUUCUGAUUCAUCCUUAUGGUCAGUCAACUGUUUUCCUAAUAUUUAGGAGCUCUUUAGAAUUGUGAACAUCAGAUAUGGAAAAUAUCUAGUUCUUUCAUUUCAACCAAAGAAAGUCCCUUCUAGGCAGUUUUUUAUGCCAGGCCAAGAGAAUCACAGGCACCAAAGUGAAAAGGGACAAAGAGAUUAUCCAACAUCUGCCCCAACAUGUCCAUGCCACUGGACCUUAUUUUUUCUUACCAGGUCAGGGUAAAGAGAGCUUUUUAUUUUGAUUUUAAAUUAUGUGGAAAUAAAGAAUGCCUGCUCUUCAUGCUGAAAUACAAGGGUAGGAAGAGGAUCUCUUUCCUCACAGCAGCAGAAGACAAUUGUGAAGGCAGAAUUGGGAGAUGAACAGCUUUUCAUGAAUACCAGCUAUACAGCACACAUCCCUGGAAGAAGGUGCUGUCCUCCCAGAGGAGUUUACAAUCUGAAUUUCAGGUGCUUGGCAGCUUUUAAAAGGGAAAGGUGCUGUGUACAGACAACAUUCUCAUCCUUAAUAAUUCAAAAAUAAUGAGCCAGAAGUCAGAAAAGGUGUAAAAUCCAUUAUGAAUUGUGAAAUGUUUAGUUAAUAGAAAGAUAUUUUGAGUUUAAACUGUUUUGUUGUUGUUGGAUUUUUUUUCUGAGUAGUUAUUCUUUUCUUUCUGUGAAAGCUCUUCACUCUGGGAGCCUCAAAGAAGGAUGAGGCAGCAGGAAGAUGAGUCCUUUUUGUGUUUACUGAACUGACUGUAUUUUUUAGGAGAGCAGAGCAGCACAGAAGUGCUGGGGGAGCUGAGGGGAGCUGUAGCACAGCUUGGAAAGGAGAAUAUCACUGAUAUCCACCCAUCCCAUGUCCUGGAACUGGCACUGCUGAGGAAAGAAGCCUCGGUGUGCCACGGUUCUGUCUCAGCCUUGAGGCUUCUUUAUGAAGGAGAUGAAUUCCAAAUUCUGCUGCAUUUUUCCUUUGCAACCUCCUGCCUGAACAUUUUUAUUCUGGCCUCAGGAUCCUUUGUGCAGUCUGGGGAGUUGUAAUCGCUGAUUUGGCAUUGCCAGAGAGGAUUGGGCUGAGCUGUAGAAAAACAGUGAGCAGGGUUUUAUUUUUGGGUUGUAUUUCAGUUUUUAACCAAACCCAUUUUAUGCAGAGUUGCCUCUCCUGGGUGGGAAGGUUUGUCCUGCAGGGAUGGCAGUGCCAUGGCCUGGGGGAGUCCCUUUGCAUCACACUUUAUCCACAUGACCAGAAAGAAUCUCUGGAACUUUGAGCAAAAGCCUUGAUGCAGUUUUGAAAUGGUUUUGAUUUUUAACUCCUGUUUUGCCAGAGGGCAGAGCAGCGCUGGAAGCUCUGGAAGUGCUGAUGAGAAAGGACAGCACGUGGUUGUUGCAGAUAUUUGAUUUGUUAUUGCAAAUGCUCCUGCCUUCCUGCAGCUGCUUGUUCUCACCCCUUUGCCCUGGGCAGGACACAGGGAAGGAGCUGCUGCACUUCAGGGCAGGAGUGGGACAAAAGUUAAAUUAAAACUGCUCUGGGUGAUUCUUUCCUUUUUCCCUCUCUCCCAUGUUCUUUCCAUGCUGCCUGGGUGGAGGUUUUUUCACCUCUGAGCAUGCACAGGUUUCCUUAACCAAAUUUCAAACCUUUCUUCAUUAAAAAAUGGUUUUGCAAGUCCAUUCCUACCUGUGCCAGGAAGGGAGGAAUAGCAAUGUUAACUCCAAAAAGGACCCACUUCCCACAACUAGUGGGAUGUGUAUUUGUCGCUCCUGGGUAUUUAUUUACAUAAAAGCACAAUAAAAAAAGAGCCAUAAAAUGAUUUUUCAGGUAAUUAAAUUAGAUUAUAUCUAAAAGAUGUGCUGAAGAUUACCUGGAGCACGUUUCAUUUGACCUCAGUGCUGUUUGUGCGGCCUCCAAAUUCCAUUUCCAGCAAAACACAAGAAACUAUUAAAAUACAACAGCAAAAGCAGCCAGGCAACCAAAAGAAAUACUUUUAAUGUUCUUAUUUAAAAUAACAUCCAGGGGUUAUAGCAUUAAUAAGUAUUUAUUAAUGCAUGCUGCCCUGGCUAAAAGGGAACUGAAAUAAAUGUCAUUUGCCAGAGUUCAGUGCAAUAGGGAGUUCUUGGGAAUUAACUGGAGAUUAAAGCUUAUUAUGGCUGGAAUUUCUUAGAACAGUGGCUUUCAGCCCUGUUCCUUUUAGGCCUGGAACCUUUUUUUAGCAGUGACAUGAACCUCAUUUGGUUCUUUUUGCUUGCAUUUGUUUGUGGACCCUUUAAAGCAAUCCAAUUUUAUAUUUAGGGAUUUGGGAUCACUGAUUGGAAACCUUUCCUCUAAAGCAUUUGUUUUAUAAAGGAAUUCCAUAUUUUUAUCUAUUUUGCUGCUGUCUGAUGGAUGCAGCAGCUGAAUUGUCUCCAUUUAUGCUCUUGUGAAAUUCCUGGCCUGGGAAGGGCUCUCCUGCCUUCUGCUGCUUUAAAUGAACAGUGCCAGGUUUUUUAGGGGAAAUGUUCCAUACUCUCUGCUUCCUGUGCCUUCCCUCAUCCCCUGAAUUUGUAAACUAUGGGAAGAGGGACCCUCAGAACGAUUUGGUUUGGGUUAUUCAUCAAUCUGGAGCAGGGAUGUUCUCCCCAGGUGCAACCUUCAGAACCCCAGGCCGGACUGGAAGCUGGAAUAAAUCAGCUCAACUCUAUUCCCAAAUGUCCUAAUCAGCAAUUAGCAGUCUAAAUGAAGAAUUGAGAGAUCAUUAGCACGUUCAUUAAUGACAACAGCAGAGCAUUAUGGAAAUGAGCAGAGUCUCAGCUGUACUGGCAGUGUCUGAGCACUCUCCUGCUGAAUUAACUCGUGAAAUGUUUCACUUGUGUUUUAACACGAAAACCAUUUUCAGUCCACUUCACAAGGCAGGGACAGGCCCUGCCGUGGGCUUAUUUUGGGUUUUAUACUGGCAAAGCUGAGAUUUUGUGGUGCUGAUUUCCUCAGAGCCUCUGGAGCUCCUCCUGCUCCCAAACGCUGCAGGAGCACCUUCCACCUUGCUGAGCAUCCUGCUGUGUUUUGCCUCAAGACACUGAAUAUUGACUGUAAACAGGAGUUGUGUGUGCUGGUGUUCCAUUUUCAUCAUCUUUUGAUAAAGCCAAAGCUCCUGAACAGUAAAGUGAGUGUAAAACAACCCCAACCCCCCCCAGUCCUCUGGGAGAAGCAGGGCUGGGGGCUCUGCUGGAGCCUCAGCCUGGUUUGGGGCUGGCAGAGCUGUUUGUGCUGCCCAGGAGCCUCAGGAGAACCUGGGGGUGUCUCUUUAUUAUGGAAUUUCUGUGAUUUGGUGUCGUGAUUUGUCCCCAGUGUCAGGAAAAUGAAUCCACAAACACCAGGGGUUUAUGUCCAAAAAGGAGACAGGGGAGUCCUGUAACUUUAUUCCAAUAAAGGGAGAGGCCAUGGACCAUUCCCCUGGGGUCUCUCAGAUUUUUAUCUCCUUUUUAUCCCAAUUUCCCGGCCAUGUCCCUCUCUCUUUCCCCACUGCCUGAGGUACUUGAGAGGCACAGACUCCCCGGAAUGCCUGACACCUAAGAUUCCCCUCUAAUGUAGAACCCUCCCUCUUAAUUUUUAAUUCUUAUGGAAUUUAUGGUGUUUCCUCCAUUGUCUCUUUCAUCUUUCAAUAUCCAAUUUCAUUUACCAGCAAACCUGCAGUUUGUUUGGAAAGGCAAAUAUCUUUUUUUCCAUUCAUCAGUCAGUGGAAUCCUUCCCAUUAUUUCUUUUAUCUCUCAGUGCUGGUUUGAUUUACCAGCAGCUCGUUUGUAAACACAAAUCCCUCAUCUCUCUCAGCAGUGAGUGUGGCAUGAGCCGCUGUGCUGAGCUGCCUGUGUGGAAAUCAGGGAUUUCUGGGAUUCUGGUGAUUUAUUUUGGUCUCAUUUUCAUCUCAGUCCACACCUGGCUGGGAUGUGCUCCCUCCUGGGAGAAAUCUCAGCCACCCUUUUGUCUCUGCUUAUUUCUGCUGCCUUUUGCCAGGAGAUUCAAAUCCUCUGCUGGAGGGGCUGAGGAGCAGAGCUGAGAACUGCAGGCAGGAAAACAUCCUGGGUUUAAACCAUGCCCAGAGCCUUGAGCUGAGAUUGGUGAGCUCUGCCUGGACUCGGUCCUAAACUCAGGCAAAAAUCUGUUUCAGGACAAUAUCUUGUAUUGUGGGUUGGGUUUUUCUUCCCACCUGCUUUGGAAAAGUGAUUAAAUGCUUGAGGUAAUGGACAUUUUUAAAUUCCUUUUUGGGGUUUUUAUGGCUAAUCUGAUGAAGCUGUGAUGCAAAUAUUCCUGUGCUGCUCUUGCCACGCUGGGGCUUUGUAUUUGUGUCACUGAGUUUGUUCUGCUGAGUGUAGGAUGAUGUGGUGGGACUCCAAUAUUGGGGUUUUUCUCCACACCAGAAGGAUUUGCACUUCCCUGCUGGCACAGAGUGGCUUUAAAUCCUGGCUUUAGUGCAAGCUUUGCACUGGGAAUGACCUCGUUAAAUCCCAACAAUUAAUGACACUGGCUCAUCAUCUUUAUAAGCCUUUGCAGGAUCAGCUGCUCGUGUGAAAAUCAACCUGAUCUUUAUAAUUUCAGUCCAAUUCUGAAGUGGAAAUAAUUCUGAGCUUUGCUUUUUCCUUCCAGAUCAUUGCAGUGCUAAAAACAAGGCCUCUGGUUGGGUAAAAUGGCAAAUAUUUAAUAUAUAUUUAGUUCAUAGCAUAAUUAGUACCUGUCUGUUUUAUUUUCUAGAAAUUCAAUAGGCUAAGGCAUACUGAUAUUCUUUGAUGGGCAAAUUCAUCAAAUGUUUCAGCAUUGGAUGGAGAACCAAAUUUCCACUGAGGGAAAAUGACUUCUUAAAUAUUUGAAUCCCAGCUCUGACAGCACUUAGUCCAGCUCCCAAAAGAUUUAAAGAUUCCACAUAGGAAACAUUUUGUUGAACUUGGGGCCAAUUUUUUUAUAUCUGAUUUUUUUACUGAAAGAAGUGAAUUUUAUGUAUGUUUGAGAUGUAAUUGUAACAUGAUUAAGGUGAGGUAAAAUCUCAUUUUUUAUGACAAGCACAAGAUGCUAUGAGUCAUUAGUUUUGUGUUCCUGAGUAUCUCUGCUAUGUUCUUGGUACGUUCUGGGCUAUGAUUUUUGAAUAAUUGAAAAUACUGAAUAAUUUUAGUAUUUAGUAAAUUAAUUAAUUUAAAUUAAAUUAAUUUAGUAUUGAAAAUACGGAAUAAUUUGUGAAUAAUCUGCAGAACGAACAAAAUGGCAAACUGUGCCUGGAGUUUGUUGGAGAAUCAGUUCAACCAAACAGGACCUGAGGACUGGACUGGAUCCCAUUGGUCAGCAAAUCUGAUGUGUUUACAAAAUAAUUAAUGUAUUAUUGGAGUAAAAUGUGGGGGAAUUGUCUAGUGUGUAGAAAAAUCACUUUAUUUUUUGCUGUGAUUUGUCUGUGCAGUAAAACCAAGGUGUGAAGCACCCCCCAGGUGGGUGGUGGAGCACAGGGUGCUGGGGGAGCUGUGUCACCCUGUGCCAGGGUGGGGACAGAGCUGACAGAGCCAAGAGUUUGUAGGGAAAAUUUGAUUUUGUCAGAGGUUGUUUCACCUCCUGCCAUCAGUUCUGUGUCCAUCCUCUGCCUGGUGGUGGCUCUGCUCGCCCUGUCCUGUCUGAGCUGUUUCCAUGGUUGUUUUUAAUUGUCUGUGUGCCUUUUUGUCACUGGAGAUUUGUUAGCAUGAGAACUUUCUGUCAAAUCUGGUGAGAUCGUUGGGGUUUCUUCAGCACAAUUAAAAUACAUUUUAAUUUC